GGUCCGUAGCUACCGUGGCAGUGGAAAGGCGCUUGCGCAUGUCAAGGCCGGCAACACACUGGGCAAGGGGGCGGCCCUGGAGAGGGGCGGCUUGAUCACCCAAUCACCCCGCGUCGGGGCUCCACAGGAUCCAGGGGCGCGCUACACGGAAGGGGUUCCUUCCCUCAACCACCCUCCACCUCUGAGAUCACCAACCCUACGGGAGCUCCCGCCUCUUUUCCAGCCCCCGGAGGACCUCCCGGGAGCCCAGGCCCCUGUGUACAAGUCUGAGGUGGAACAGAUUCUGUAGCCCAGACGACGGCUGGAGUGGGGACACGCCCAGCCCGAGAAGCCUGCGGGAGCUCCUGAGUCUCGGUGGAUCUAAGUCGGAGUGUAGCUGUCCCUGGGGGAGGCGAGAGCUCCAGAAACCUCUCACGGAAAAAGAUGCCUGCCUUCAACAGAUUGCUUCCCCUAGCUUCUCUCGUGCUCAUCUACUGGGUCAGAGUAUGCUUCCCUGUGUGUGUGGAAGUACCCUCAGAGACGGAAGCCGUGCAGGGCAAUCCCAUGAAGCUGCGCUGCAUCUCCUGUAUGAAGAGAGAGGAGGUGGAGGCCACCACUGUGGUGGAAUGGUUCUACAGGCCUGAGGGCGGUAAAGAUUUCCUUAUAUAUGAGUAUCGAAACGGCCACCAGGAGGUGGAGAGCCCCUUCCAAGGUCGUCUGCAGUGGAAUGGGAGCAAAGACCUGCAGGACGUGUCCAUCACUGUGCUCAAUGUCACUCUGAACGACUCUGGCCUCUACACGUGCAAUGUGUCCAGGGAGUUUGAAUUUGAGGCACACAGGCCCUUUGUGAAGACCACAAGACUAAUACCCUUGAGAGUCACUGAAGAGGCGGGAGAAGACUUCACGUCUGUGGUCUCAGAAAUCAUGAUGUACAUCCUCCUGAUCUUCCUCACUUUGUGGCUGUUCAUUGAGAUGAUCUACUGUUACAGAAAGGUCUCCAAGGCUGAAGAGGCAGCCCAGGAAAAUGCGUCUGACUACCUUGCUAUCCCUUCAGAGAACAAGGAGAACUCUGUGGUACCCGUGGAGGAAUAACGUGGUGUGACUUGAGGUGAUCUGAGCACUGAGGGGCUGGAUAGUCCCAGUUCAGUGAUGUCAGCAGCAUCAGCAAGGUGCCCCAGGAGUCCCAGUGCAUCUGUCUUUCUAUUCAUCAACCACCCACCCAACUGUGAGAUUUUACCUGACUUCCAAGCUCUAUUGGAACUCUACACAUCUUGCCUGAACUGAAGAGCCAACAUCUCCGCCAUGGACUAAACCUCACUCUGUCCUUGCUUUCAAGCAAGCAGCUCCCAACUCCACUAAAGUUGUCCCCUAUGCUCCAAAUGACUUUAGAUAAGUACUGGAAAGUAGUGUUCCCUCUGCCCAAACUGUCUGCAAUUGGGUCGUUCUCCACUGCUACAAAAAGAAUGAUGUAUACCAGAAGGAAGCACUGGUCAGUUUGGGUUAAAACCAAAGCAUGCCUUGCACUUAGAUUCACUGAAGUCAGUUUUUCAUAAGUCCAUGGCCUGCUUCACAGAGAACCAGAAAGCAGCAUGCCUCUCCAGGGUUUCCAGGAAUAUCUUUCAUGUGGACUGGGAUGCUUUCUGGAGAGUAGUGUUUCAGGGCUAGACCUCCAUAAUCCCAAAGGCCUGGAGCAAACCCAGACUCCUAAGAAGCCAAGGAAGGAUCCAGGGUAAUUCCAUUAGGUCUUGAAAGUGAUACAACACACUCCUGAUAUUGGAAACAUGGCUGUGUGUCCUUUCUGGGUUGAAAUUGCUCGGUGUUCUUUUCUCGGUGUCUGUGGAUCAGUAUUAUCCCUCACUUUACAGGAGGCAGCAGAGACUCACACAAGGAUGAACGGGACAGGUAGGGGAUUAAAGUGGCCUAGAGAUGAGAUUUCAAUGCUACCAACCUCACAUUCCCUGAGAUGAGUGAUGUUUUUGAAGACACCGACAUCCAGCUUGGCUUAUAGCCAUGCCAGUUGCCCAGCAGAAGCCUAGGACAGAUUCAGGGAACUGGAAACCAGGCAAGAAAACACAGAGGGCAUGAGAUAGACCUGCAGAAUUUCCAACAAAGAUGUAUGAAUCUGAAACAUCCUCCAGAAGACACAGCCUCUGAGGGUGAUAUCUAUACAAACUAAGAUGUUUUAGUCUGAGAUGGAUGAUGAUGGGCAGAGUGACAUAGAUGGGUGUGUAGCUUCUAAAUACCUCGCCUGUAACCUGUAAUGUUUGGUAUCUGGUGUUUGUGUACCCCGCCCCCACCCCUCCCACCCCUCCCACCCCCUCCCACCCCCGACCCAGGAGAGCAGACAAAACAUGAGAAGUUCUUAGUCAACAUCUCCUUAUAAUGACCGUUCUAAGUGCAAUAUUCUUUACCCUACAGACAGCAAGGGCAGGAGGCCUUAUGGGAUAUAAAAAGAUGGAAGUGGGAUUCAAUAAGAGAAUGUCCUCAGAUCUGGGGAGAUCUCUAAGGAUGACCAUUCUCCACUCCCAUGGGGGUUUGUGUGACAAGCUCGCUUUUUCACGCCCUUCAUCACUGGGGCAUACUUGAAACAAGACCCUCAACAUCUAUGAAAAGAGUCUAAUUUUGUUGGAGAAAAUAUUCGCAAUAAAUUCAAGACCCUUCUUCUCACCA